UUCUACGGUCGGUAAUCAGUACUCAGUAGUCUCGUUGCCGUCGUAUCGUGUGUACGUUUUGGCUUGACUUCGAUCAUUCCGUUUUGUGCGGUGUUCUUUAAUAUUAGUAGAACACGACAGCUACUAAGACUCGAUCAAGUAUUCUGUAGUAACAAUAGUAUUACGUAGUAAGCCUUCACGGUGUCCGCGUAAACAAGAUCCGUAUAGUUUUGGUGGUGAAUGUGUUAACGUUUUCAGUGUUUUUUCAAAAAUCUUUCAAAAACUGAUAACAGCAUCGCGACAACGACGACGACAAGUCGUUCAGUGGUAUAGAUCUCAUCGGUCGGUCGAACGAUUUCGAGACUAUCACAUCUGUGUCUACUACUAUCACACACGAUGAACCUGAUGUGCACCGAGUCGCAGACGACGUCCGAAGACAGGUGUUUCGCCGAGGACCGGACUAUUUUCCGGGAUGAGCGGGCUGUUAAGAAGCUGUUGGAGACCGAGUCACAGUACGUGCCCGGGUGUGAUUACAUGGCCCACUCCCAUUCCAACUUGCAGCCAUUCAUGAGAAGGGUGGUGGCCACGUGGAUGUUGGACGUAUGUGAAGAACAAAGGUGCGAAGAUCAAGUGUUUCCAUUAUCUGUAAAUUUCUUGGACAGAUUUUUAUGCGCUUGUGAUAUAUCUAAAACACACUUGCAGCUCACUGGUGCCGUGUGUCUGUUAUUAGCAUCAAAAGUGCGACAAUGUACAGCACUUUCCAUUGAACUCUUAUGCUACUACACAGAAAACAGCGUCACUCCAGAAGAAAUGAGGGAAUGGGAAUUAUUAGUUAUUUCUAAAUUGGAGUGGAGGAUUGUAGCCGUCACUAGUUUCGAUUACGUGGAUCAUAUUAUGGAACAAAUUAAAUGGAAAAGACGAAAUGAUUCAAUGCUCAGAAGGCAUAUGUUGACACUCAUCUCCUUCUGUUAUAUAGAACCCGAUUUCAUAGCGAAAAAACCGUCGGUGAUGGCGGCGUCGUGCAUGUUGUCGGCCAUCCGCGGAAUCGAUCCGUCCGCGGCUGCCGAGGUGGCGGCAGAGCUGUGCGUGCUGUUGGCGUGCACCGCGGCCGAGGUGGACGAACACGUGUCGCUCAUCGACGCGCUGGUGGCCAGCACGACGGCCGCGGCCACGCCAGAAAAAUCGGAAAACAACAAUCCAGCUUCCGAGCCGCCCGUCAAGAAGCCGUACCGCGUGCAGGACUGCGGCCUGCACGGCGGCGGCGGUCGUCUGUAGUGCGGGUCCCGCGACCGCGUGUACAAACGUGACACGUUAUGUCCGCGUGCGAGUGCAUCAGGUAAACAGAAACGUGCCACUACAUUCGCGGACCUGACGAUGACAAUUUUUUAUGAAAAUUUUUCCCCCCUGUGUUCCACUUUCUCGCUCAUCCGACACGGAGAUUGCCGGUCGGGUUCUCCGUUUCGGCGUACGAUAUUGUAUUUUCAUAUCAAACUCACAAUAUCUAUACAACUAUAUUAUAAUCAUCGUAAUCUCAGCUGCGACGGUUAGGGGCAAUAACAUACGACCGACCGUGCCGUCGACGGGACAUUAUUAUAAGAUAAUAUUUUGUUUUGUUUCUACCUCAUGUAAAAUAAUAUAUUAUUGUACAAUAUUAUUUUUAUUAUCAUAAUAUACCACUGCAGGUGUAUUGAAUAAUUUUUUAAUUUUUAUUUAUUUAUUCCCCCCCCCCCCAAAAAAAAACCGUUGAAAAACGAGAUUAUUAAUUUUUAUCAUCAUUAAAUGAUUUACUUGUUUUUUUCUUUUAUUCAAUAAUCUUAUUGUAAUAAGUGAACUUUCAUUUUUGGUUUUAUUAUGAUAUUAUAUUAUUACGCUUUUUUUCGUUUAUAGCGACGAUGGCCACCACUCAAGCGAAUUCGCUAUCUUAUUUUGUUAAUUAAAUAUUAUUAUUAUUAUUAUUAUUAUUAUUAUUAUUAUUAUUACAUACGUAGGUUAUAUUAUUAUAUAUGUUUAGUUAUAAUAUUAAAAGAAAAAUGUGAUAAAUAGUUUUAGGUUUUAUAAUAUGUUCUCCGCAGGAGCUUAUAUUUCUUAAGGUUUAGUGGUUAUUAUCAAUAUUAUAUUACGAUAUAACAUUAUUCAUUUAUGUCUUUAGUGUUUUAAGUUUUACAUCCCUUAUUGUUUAUUUUAUUUAAUUAUUACUUAUUAGUUAUUAUUACUAUUAUUAUUUUAUGUAUGAUCUCUCCUCUUUAUAUGUAAAUGAUAUGGAAAACAUUGUUUCAUUAGAAAAAAAAAAUCCAAAAAGAGCUGAUUUGUAUAUAAUAUUUUUUUUCUUAUUCAUUAGUUCUUUCCUCCGUUGAAGAAAUUGGAUAAUUAUUAAUCAUAAUAAAUCAUGUAUAAUAUUACAGAUAAUAUAGAUUAAUUUAUUCACAGACUUAGUUAAAUAUUGUUAUAACAAUUUAAAUAUAGCGAAAAUUUUAUAGAUCUCUUGAACGUGGGCUAUUCAUAUUAUAAUAAUAAUAAUAUUUGUAAAAUUAGUUUUGUUUUAUUAUUAUUAGGUAUUUAAUAUUCUUUAUAUUUCCUUUCUAUCGUUUAUAGAUAUAUAUUUUGUAGUCAUUCAGUAAAACACAUUAUUAUUCGAGUCAAAGUAGCUAAAUUAUUAUUUACACGUCAUGUUCUUGAUCUCCAAAAACGCGUAUAGUAAAAUAUAAUAUAUUAAAAGAAAAUUAUUAUUUAAUUAAUAAGUAAUAGGUACCAAUCUCUAGUAAGGAUGUUAUUUUUUAUACCUAAAUAAGAUUAAACACGCAACCAUAACCAUUAUUUUUAUUUCUCCCAUUUUAAUAGUACAAUAAAAAUUAUCAUUAAAUUAAAUUAUUCUAAGUGAAUAAAUAUACGUCAUAAUAUAGUCAAUGCAAAGGGAUAUGGUUCAACGAUCAUCAUUUGAGUUACCUUGUUUUUGACGUACUCCCCGCUACUACACCAUCCCUAAUUUGACAAUAAUAGCAGUAACGUUUUCAUUAGUAAUAUUAUUAUUAUUAUUAUGUUUUUUUUAUUAUUAUAUAACAAUUAUUAGUUGCUUCGCAAUUAUUAUCAUCAUAAUAUGAUUACCUAAAAGUUAUACAUAAUAUGUUCACUAGCCAUAUGAUUUUGUUUUUUUCUUUAUUUUUGAGUUAUAAAACAUUAUUAUUAUUUUAAUAAUCGGCUAAAAGAUUGUUUAUUUUUUUUUUUAUCAUUAAUUUGAUUUAACGCCUGGCGAAUGGACGGCUUUAAUGUAUUUAUAAAUAUUUUUAUUAUUAUUAUUAAUUUUAUUUAUUAUUAUUAUUAUUAUUAUUAUAUUACUAUUAAAAUAAAAUUAGUUUUAUAAUAUAUUAAUUGUAAUUUCUCACGAGUAGGCAGCCGAUUCAACUGCGCUCGGAUACAGCUAUCAAACCAAAUCGAAAUGUCCCUAUUUUGGUCGUCAUCGAACGAUCAUCCCCAAAUCUUCUAUUUCUCCUUACACACUUCCCCGUACUUUAUCAAUAAGUAUUACAAUAAAGUGUAUACUGAUAAUAUAAUAUAAUAUGUUCACUCGCAUUAUUUUAUUUUAUUAUAUGUUUUUUUUCGCCUGUACAACUUACGUGUUAAGAAGAAAUAUAUUUAUUGUAUAAAAAAUACGAAAAAUAAAUCGAAACAUAUUUUAUGACACCAUAA